AUGGAACCUUUCCAUGGGCCUGAUGAAAUUGCAAGUUAUAGAAGAAGCAUGAGGUCUUUGUUACAAUUGUUUAUGCUAAAUGUACUGUUGCAGAAAGGCUGGAGUUAUGGGAUUCAAUUACUCAAAUUGCUUUUGAAUGUUCAAGUGCCUUGGAUAGUUGGGGGAGAUUUUAAUGUAAUUCUAAAAGCUGAUGAGAAAUUAGGGGGUCUUCCAUUUAAUCAUUCUAAAACUGAUGAGUUUGCUCAUUUUGUAAACAACUGUGGUAUGAUGAAAUUGAAAUUUUCUGGUCGUAGAUAUACUUUGUGGAAUGGAAAAACUGAAGAGGAUUGCAUUUUCAAAAGACUUGAUAGACAUCCAGAAUUUUUGGGAUUGGUUCAAAAUAACUGGUGUUUGGAUUUUGCAGCAAAUACUUUCACUGAGUUUCAGGCUAAAAUGAAAAAGGUCAAACAAGCUUUGGAAAAGUGGAGUAAGGACACCUAUGGCAACAUUUUUCAGCAAAUCUCAACUUUGGAAGAUGUUAUCAAGGUGAAGGAACUGCAAUUUGAACUAAAUCCUUCCAUAAUGAAUAGAGCAGCUUUACACAAAGCUCAGGCUAAUUUAAAUAACUAUUUACACCUGCAAGAAGAGUAUUGGAAGCAAAAGUCUGGAGUGAGGUGGUUUUAA